AUGAACUUCCUUCAAAAGGGCCUGGCGGGGCUCGAGUCCCGCCUCGACAAAGUCCUCCUCGACGAAAGCGAGCGCCAGCAGCACCAGCACCAGCACCAGCACCAGCACCAGCACCAGCACCAGCACCAGCACCUUGAAUCCUCGCCGUCACCCUCGCCCUCGCCCUCCCCGUCCCCAGCUCCUCCCCCACUCACAUCUUCCUCCCCCGCCCCCGUGUCGCAGAAGGCGAAUGGCCGCAUGACGAUGCAGGAGCGCCUCGCGGCGGCCGUGGCGAAAGCGGACGGCGGCGGCAGCCGGAGGAGCUCUGGCGAGUCGCUGCGUGAGAAGCCGGCGGAGGACGGGAAGGGAGACGGGGUGGUGAAUGGCGGCGGGGAGAAGGUGCUGGUGCUGGCGGCGGAAGAGGGGGAGGGGGAGGGGGAGCUUGCGGGGGUGUCGAGGGAGGAGCUGGUCCGGCUGGUGCGGGAGCUGAAGCGGUCGGCGGCGGCAGAACAGGAAGAGAAGGAAAAGGCGCGGGUGACGGUGAGGAAGACCCCCACGCCGGCGCCAGGUGCAGGUGCAGGUGGCGGGGCGGCGGAGAAGAAGCUCGCAGAGGCGCAAGAGAAGAUCGCGCUGCUCCUCGAGGAGGGCGAGAAGUUAUCGCGCGGCGAGCUGAAGCUGCGCAACACGAUCAAGGAGCUGCGCAUCAAGACGCAGGAAGAAGAGCGGCUCACCGGCGAGGCGCGCAAGCGCGCCGAGCGCUCCGAGAAGGACGCCGCCGAGGCAAAGGAGAAGCUGAAGCGGGCGGCGGAGGACGCAAAGCGCGAUAAGGAGCGGCUGAAGAGCGUGGCGAGGCUGGAGGGGGAGCUGCAGGCGCUGAGGAGCGACAAGGAGGGGCUGCUGGCGGCGAUGCAGGAGCUGAAGGCGCGGGUCGAGGAGGGGAACCGCAGGGCCGAGGAGGCGGAGAGUAAGGUGCAGACGGAGGCGCUCGCCGCGGAGCGGACGAGGAGCGCGGAGCUGGCGGCGGAGGUGGCGAGCGUGCGUGGUGAGGCGGCGGGCGUGGAGGAGGCGCUGAAGGUCGAGGUGGCGGACCUGAAGAGUAAGAUUGCGCGCGAUGCGGAGAGGGCACGGAGUAUGGAGCAGGAGCUGAAGGCGGAGCAGGCGGUUAUGGAGCGCAAGAUGGAGGCGCUGCGGGCCCGCGCGGAGGAGGUGUCGAGUGGUGCGAGCGGCGACGCCCAUGCGAAGCUGCUGCGGCAGGUCGAGACGCUGCAGACGCAGUAUGCGAUUGCGAGCGAGAACUGGCAGGGCAUCGAGGGGAGCAUGCUGGGCCGGAUCGCGGGCCUGGAGAAGGAGCGCGACGAGCUGACGAAGAAAGAGGCCGACAUCAGGCGGAAGGCGAGGGACCUGAGCAUCAAGUCCAAAAACCUCGACAUGGACCUCGACACGGCCAACUCGCGCAUCAAAGACCUCGAAUCCGAUCUGGCCAUCUCGCAGCAGACCACAGCCACCCUGCAGACCCGCCUCAAAACCGUCGAAACCGAGCUCACAACCCUGCGCAGCACCUUCGAGCACGAACGCACCGUCUGGCAGCGCGACCUCGACACCAAGCUCUCCGAGGAGCGCCAGAAAUGGGCCGACCACCACCACCACAGCCAGCAACAGGACUCACGCCCCUCCUCCCCGCUCAACCUACACCUACACACCGCGCCCCCCUCCCUCCCGCUCCGCAAGUCCUCGGGCCCGCUCUCAACCACAGAGUCCUACUUCGUCGGCACGCGCAAGCCCAGCCGCUCCCCCGGCGGCGGCGAGCUCUACACGCCCUCGUCGGCCACCGGCGGCACGCCCAGCGACCACUUCUCGCGGCGCGGCUUCAGCACGCCGCCCACGGCGCUCACGGCGCGCAUGGCGACGGCGCCGGAGGAGGACGACAACGACUACUUCGACAACAUCCCGUUCUCGCCGCACCGCGGCGACAUGGUGAGCGUGUCGACGGUGGCGGCGGGGCCGUCGGUGCAGCUGGUUGAGCGCAUGUCGGCGACGGUGCGGCGGCUGGAGAGCGAGAUGGUGGCGGCGCGGGAGGAGGUUGCCGCGAUGGCGAGGGGGCGGGAUGAGGCGAGGGCGGAGGUGGUGGAGUUGGUUAGAGAGCUGGAGGAGAAACGGGGGUGGGGGGAGAGGGUGGCGGUGUUGGAGGGGGAGGUGGCGGUGUUGAGGAGGCGGGAGGAGACGGCGCUGGUGAUGCUGGGGGAGAAGAGUGAGGAGGUGGAGGAGCUGAGGGCGGAUGUGGAGGAUUUGAAGCAGAUGUAUAGGGAUUUGGUGAGUGAUUUUAAUAAAUAA